GAAACUAAAUUUGUCGAUUUAAUUCAUUGAAAUUUUUGAAAGUAUCGGCAGAUUGCCAUUAAUCUGGCAAAUAAUAAUAAUACAUUAGUUAUUCUUGAUUAUCAUUUUGAAACCAAAUUAUGGCGGAAAAAAGAAAACGUGGCCAAAACUUUACGGCCGAAGAAAAAGAUAAACUUGUGAAGUUAUUGGCUUCCAACAAAGAAGUUAUAUUAAAUAAAAAAACAGAUGGCUGUACCAAUGAGGCCAAAAAUAGGGCCUGGUUAAAUGUGACCGACGCAUUUAACGCGACUACGACUGUUUACAGGACUAAGGACUCAUUGAUGAAAGUGUGGGAUAAGCUAAAAACUGAGAGCAAAUUAUAUUAUCAAUCUGCUAAGCUGAGCAUGACUAAAACUGGUGGUGGUCCUGGAGAAGUGAAAACUGGUCCUAUUCUGGAGCAAGUCUGUACACUUCUCGGCCGAGCUUGCACAGGCAUAAUAGGCGUGCAAGACUGUGAUGCUAAUGUUUUGGAUGUGGUGGAAAAUGAAUCACCAAUAAAAGAGUCAUUCGAGAUGUGCACAGAAAAUACUGCAACAGUAGAGGAGUUUGAGGCAGAAAAAGAAAAUCAAAUUCCAGUUGAAAAUUACAGUACAAAUAAUACACCACUGUGGUCAAGGAGACGACCACGAUUAUCAGUCAAUAAUGAGAGAACAGGGGCUAUGUCCUCACUUUGUACAAGUUUUCAAAAUGUGAACAAAAAGAAAGAGGAUAUAGAAGACCUAAAAAGACAACUUCUUCAGGAAGAAUUAGAAUAUAAAAGAAAGUUUUAUAAGUACUCAUUAGAGGCAGCAGCAAAGGAUGUCGAAAUUAAGAAUGAAGUCUUACAUCAAUUAAAAUUUGGUGUUAAAAUAGUAGCAAGAGCUAUAAUGAACAUUAAUUUGGAAUUGGCUAUUUAUUAGUUUCUAUUUGAUACCCAUACAGCUAUAAUUAAAAUUUACUCAAACACUCGUUCACUCCAAAAACAUUACUUUUCAUCUACAGGGUAAAAAAAGAUUUUUAAAUAAUCA